AUGCUUACAUUGGACCAAGAAAAUUUACUUGAAUAUCAACCAAAAACACUCAAUAAACAUAAUCAACAACGCCGACAAUUUUUACCGACGUUUCCAAAUCAGCCAAAUCAACCGAUAAAAAAUGCACCAUUACUUCUAGCUAGUGUACCAGCAGAGAAGUUAUGUGUCAUUGAAUUAACCCGACGAUCUCCAGGUGUUUAUCCAGAUCCAUGGAAUUCAAAAGAUAGCACAGAAAUACACUCCUAUGUGUACAUUGUUUAUGAAAAUUUACUCGAUCCUUUAAAAACACGUUUAAAUGUCGAUACAUCCAUUCUUGAUUAUAAUUUAUAUCGACUUCAUCAUUUUAUUGAUGUUUUCAUUAGUAAAUAUCGCACAUAUCAAGGUUCAGAUUUUCUAUUUGAUCAUCAUUUUCAAGUGCCAGCACAUGACAAAUUUUUGCGGCGAUUAGAUCCAUAUGAAUUAAUUAUUUUAUUAGAGUUCUUCUUACAACUUGACGUGGAUACUUUCUUCUGGAAAACAUGCACAUUUCGAAUAACGGCUAGUUUACCAAUGAAAAUGGGAUUAUUUUGUACGGAGGAUGUAACAAAUUCAUUGAUCCAAAAUAUGAAACCAUGUCAACAAUUGUUUUGUACUUUAUGUCCAGCUAAACCCGAUUCAGAUUCUACUAGAAGCACUCCAAUUGAAUUUUCAACAUCAGGACAAAAGCAUCGUUUUAUUAACGGCUAUGAAGCCAUCUUGAAUUGUCCAGCCAAUUGUCAAACAAAUAAUAUAAUUUAUGUUAUCACAUGUGUCUGUGGUGAAUACGAUUAUAUUGGUUCGACACGAUAUUCAUUAAAUGAGGUCAUUGAAUACCAUCGACAACAUGCCAAUCGUCUUAUGAUUGAAUAUUUAUUAAACGGCAAACCGUUUUCAGUUCCAUGUACUUGUACCGAAAUUGAAUUCGAUAAGCAGCGUGCCAAUAAACAGCGUCUCUAUCAACAUUUUACACAUUGUACAAAAGCUUUACAAUUAUUUCUCGAAUAUAAUCCUGAGUAUUGGUCAUUCGUUCCGAUGCAAGUUACUGAUGCACAUUUCGACGAUUUAUCAUACAAAAACAUAACAGAUGACAAUACAAAACAGGGUUUACCAAACAUUGAAAAUGUUUAUCUUGCUCGUGUUCCAAAACCACCACCAGGCUAUACUUUUUCACAACGCCAACAAGAUGCACAAUGUCAAUUUUUUGAAAAUUUUCAACCACAACACUAUCAGUUCUAUUCAACACUAGAUUUUUAUCGUGCUACUAUUGUUGCUGUUCUACCAAUUCCAUGUUCAACAAUGCUUCGACAUCUGAUUGAGAUUCUAUUUAUUACUCAUACAGAAACGAAAUUAAAUUGUUUCAAUUUAUUUACAGGUUCAACUGAUCUCUUAUAUGGUUUACCUUAUAAUCAAGGUAAAAUUUGGUGUGAAAAUUUAUUAAGUCCAUCCAUAGCUUGCUUUCUUCCAUCCAGAGAUACAACAACAUUUGUUAAAUCACAAUAUGAUAAGUGA